AUGACUUCGCCAACGUACGAAACUUGGUCUUGUGAAGAGCUCAUUUCCCGCCUGAGAGAACUGGACAAAGCACAUCCAACGGUUGAUCCACAAGUAUCCAGCGCUGCACCUCGAAAUGCCGAAGCGGGGCCUUCCAAGUUAUUCGAUAUGUUAGCCUACCCACGUCGGAAAAUUGCACUUAAAUUUUGUUAUUCUGGAUGGGAAUACAAUGGGCUUGUGAUCCAAAACGACAAGACGCGGCUCCCGACGGUAGAGGGCACGUUAUAUAAUGCAUUGGCUUCCUGCAAGUUGAUUGAUGGAGCCGCUGGGCCUCAGGCGUGUGGAUGGGAACGAUGUGGGCGCACUGACGUCGGCGUUAGUUCUGCUGCGCAAGUCGUCUCGCUUUGGGUGAGGAGCAAUAUCGGACAAGCCGACGAGCAGACUGGUCCUCCUUCAAACCAAACCGAAUCAUCUAGUAUUCGAAUCGAAGACGGUCAAGAAAAUCCCGACUCGGAUUUUCUUCCUGAUCCCGAAAGCGAGCUUCCACAACUUGACGCGUCCGAAGUCGAAAGCGCACCCCUCCCAGCAAUCCACGAGCUAGUCGAGCGACGGCAAGAACUACGGUACUUAACUAUACUAAACCGGAUUCUACCGCCCAGUAUUCGUAUUAUCGCAUGGUCACCCGUCUCUAGUUCUUUCUCUUCACGCUUCAAUUGCAAACAUCGGCAUUAUAAAUAUUUCUUCAGUCCGGAAGGUCUUAGCAUUGAUGCUAUGCGCGAUGCCGCUGCUCGCUUAGUCGGAGACCACGAUUUCCGAAAUCUCUGUAAACUCGAUCCAUCAAAACAACUUACCGUCUUCCGGCGGAACAUUUCACGAGCAGAUAUCAGUCCUGCUUCGGUCCUCGCAAACGACGACCUUGCCAGCGAUAGAUCCCACAUGUACGUAUUCGACCUCAUUGGGAACGCCUUCCUAUACAACCAAGUCCGACAUAUAAUGGCUAUCCUUCUCCUCGUCGGAGCAGGCCUGGAACCCCCAUGCGUCAUGACCUCUUUACUCAACGCCGAUCCCGAGCGACCCGAACCACCAUUCCUUGAAUCUGAUCCUCCACCCGAACUCGUCACAUGCAAACCAGAAUACCAAAUGGCUGACCCUCUACCACUCGUAUUAUGGGAAUGCGCAUACGAUGAUAAAGAUGUCAAGUGGCAGACCGAUAGCCCAGAGAAGAAACAUAGUGCAGCCGCGAAUAACUUAUACCAAGAACUACACGCUAUCCACACACGUUCACUUAUCCACAGUGCACUCGACGCAACAUUCUUAAAGGCAGCUUCUGCUUUCCAUCCAGCACCACAGCCUUCACCUUCACCUUCACAUCUAUCAACACUGCAAUCUCAUUUUUUCGAAAACUCUUCAAAAAUAGUGAACGUCCUGUUGGGAGGUGGGAUGGUGCGCAGAAUCGCGGGCAAGAACUAUAUUCCUUUAUUACGCCGCAAACGACUUGAUCACGUCAAUGUUGUCAAUGAGAGGUGGCGGAAUGGGAAAGGAAGACGGAAGGCUGCGAAGCAGGUAGCGGUUGCUGACGUAGAAGACGAAUGA